AUAAAUACUGGCGUCAGUCUCUGCGACCAGCACCGGCGUGGCGCGAGGCUUCCGGUUGCACACGUGCGGUAGAGAAUCUCGGGUAAUGUGUGACUGUUAUUUCAAGUGAACUCGACUAGAUAGUAGCAGAGCCCCUCUUCGUCCCUGCCCUUCUCCUGGCCCGGCCAGCGCGAUGGCGGAGGCCGCGGUUGGCGCCAGCGGGGAGGCAAUGGCGGCGCUGGUGGCAGUGGAGGGCCCCGCGGGCCCCCCGGGCUUGACUUCAGCCAGGAGCUUCGCUAACUACCGGCCGUUUGAGCCACAGACCCUGGGCUUCAGCCCGAGUUGGCGGCUGACCAGCUUCUCCGGCAUGAAGGGCUGAGGCUGCAAGGUCCCCCAGGAGACGCUGCUCAAGCUCCUGGAGGGACUGACGCGGCCGGCCCCGCGGCCCGCGCUGGCCCCGGGUCUGGUCGGAGGCCAGGUAGAGGCAGCCCAGGAAGGUGGCCAGCCAGGCAGGCCAGGCCCAGCCUCAGCCCUCCCCUCCCUGAGCAUUGGGAUGGACUCCUGCGUCAUCCCGCUGAGGCACGGUGGCCUGUCCCUGGUGCAGACCACUGACUUCUUUUACCCCUUGGUGGAAGAUCCCUACAUGAUGGGGCGCAUAGCCUGUGCCAACGUGCUCAGUGACCUCUACGCCAUGGGCAUUACUGAAUGUGACAAUAUGUUAAUGCUACUCAGUGUCAGCCAGAGUAUGAGUGAGGAGGAACGAGAAAAGGUGACACCACUCAUGAUCAAAGGUUUUCGGGAUGCUGCGGAAGAGGGAGGAACUGCAGUGACAGGUGGACAGACAGUGGUCAACCCUUGGGUUAUCAUCGGUGGAGUUGCCACUGUGGUAUGUCAGCAAAAUGAAUUCAUCAUGCCUGACAGUGCCGUGGUAGGAGACGUGCUGGUGUUAACCAAACCCUUAGGAACCCAGGUUGCUGCCAAUGCCCACCAGUGGCUGGAUAAUCCUGAGCGAUGGAAUAAGAUCAAGAUGGUGGUUUCCAGAGAAGAGGUAGAGCUGGCCUAUCAGGAGGCUAUGUUCAAUAUGGCUACUUUAAACAGAACUGCUGCUGGGUUGAUGCACACAUUUAAUGCCCAUGCAGCCACGGAUAUCACAGGCUUUGGCAUUUUAGGACACUCUCAGAACCUCGCAAAACAACAAAAAAAUGAGGUGUCCUUUGUCAUUCAUAAUCUGCCAAUUAUUGCCAAGAUGGCUGCCAUCAGCAAGGCCAGUGGGCGCUUUGGACUACUCCAAGGAACGUCGGCUGAAACCUCGGGAGGACUACUGAUUUGUCUGCCUAGAGAACAGGCUGCCCGCUUUUGUUCGGAAAUCAAAUCCUCCAAGUAUGGAGAGGGUCACCAGGCCUGGAUCGUCGGCAUUGUGGAGAAGGGAAAUCGGACGGCCCGGAUCAUUGACAAGCCUCGAGUUAUUGAAGUUCUACCUCGUGGAGCCACAGCUGCUGUUCUCGCUUCCGAAAAUCCCAAUGCCUCCUCUGAGCCUAGUUCGUGAAAUGGAAUAGCCCCUGUCGGGAAUGUAGAGCCUUGGAACACUCCCGGGCAGUUGGCAGGAGUUGGUUUUCAGACGUUUCCAAAGGCUGCCUGCUUAGUGGGUCCACCCGCCCUUCCUGGGUGGUUUUACUCAGUUCAUCAAAAGCUGACUGUACUACAUUCCAAGGCCAGAAGUAAUAUUUUUUUACUUUGGGGGGAUAUGUGUUCAUCUGUUGGGUAGAUGAGCAGAAAACCUUUUUCCAAAGCAAGAUAAGGCUAUUCCAGUUUGAGGGGUUUUUCUUUGCACUGAGUUGAUUCAUUUAUGCACAGAGAGUAAAAUUAUUAAGAUUAUAUACAGAAAGAGUAAAUUGCAACAUGAAAAAAAAUUAGUUUGGACCAAUACUGUUUAUAAGUCUAAAUUGUUGAAAGAGAUGAUACAAUGUCAAAUUUUUCUUUAAUUUUUCUGAGAAACUGGCUCUUUCCUGCCCUGGAGAAGAGUUGAGCAACUUGUCCAGUAACUAGGAAAGGGGGCCCUGCGACCAUCUGACUUGGUCUCUGUAAAUGAUGUCUCUUCCUCUAACUCCCACUAAGGACUGGGAGAGACUGAACAAACCCCAGAGCCUAGGUCUUAAUGGUCAUUAAAAUGCUAACUCUUAGCUGAAAAUUUCUAGUGACUUUACUAAAGAAAUUUUCUUAUAGUUAAAUAAAAGGAACUUUGUUGGAAAUCUC